AUGACAUACGCAGUUGACAUCGAAAAUCCCGUGCAAAAGCCACGACCACAAACACUGUGGAAAGCAUUUCGUCAUAAAUUUCAUUGGAAAUGUUUAUUGACAACAUUGCUGGUCCAUCUCUGUAUCAGUUAUGGCUUGUGGUGCCAUCUGACUUAUUAUGUAUAUUCUGUUCAAACUAUUUCAAAGUAUUCAUAUGGGCCAUGUUCUCAGGGAUAUAAUUUUAUACCAUUAGCAUUUGGCAUCAUGUUAUACAUUGCUUAUAUUAUGGAGUGCUGGCAUAAUCGUGCUAAAAUUAAUAAAAUUAAAAAGGUUAGUCAUAUUGAAGCGAUGGAAUACAUUGAGAAGAUGCGAAGUGCUCCACCAAUAGUUUGGUGGAGAAGUAUUUGCUAUCAUUAUGUAAGGCGAGCAAGACAAGUUACCAGGUAUAGAAAUGGCGAUGCCAUCUCAGCAUUGCAAACUUUUUAUGAGCGGGUCAAUUCACACGCUGCUGGCAGUGUUUUCAUAUAUGAUGCAUGUGGUGUUAAGGAUAUAUCGAAAUCGCUAAUUGAUUUGGAGCGUUAUCCAAUCACUAGGAUCAAUAUCAGUAAAGGAUUCAUAUUUGCAUGCAUGCAAGCAGCUAAUGAAUUCGAAGAUCAACGUUCACGCUUUUUUAUCGAAAAUGAAAUCCGUGAUGAUUAUAUGGAAGUACGCGAAGGUCUCGAUUUUGCUGGAAUACAAUUUAUUGAAUCAUUAAUUGUGUAUUCAUCACAAUCCAACAAGCGUCCUUGGUAUCUAACCUCAACCGCCUUUUGGAUUUCUAGCAUCGUUUUACUUAGCUGGCCACUAAGACUUAUUUGUGAUCUACGAACCGCUCAUGUUAACUACCAGAUUUCUAAAUUGUUCGGUACGAAUUAUUUAAGUCCAUCAAGUGUGAAUUAUACUGGUAUGUUAACUCAUGGAUCAACAGUUGAUAGUCAUGAACUUACAUCAAUAAUGCAACAUGAUAGUUACCUUGUUCAUGUCCUUCCAAAUGGUCAUUUCCGGAAUCGGAAUCGUGUUGCAACAACAUGCGGUGAGGAUGUUUCUAUUGUGAAUUACGGUACCGUUCGAAAUUCACCAAAGCGCUUCUGGCGAAAUGAGUCCAGGCGAUCAUCAAUCGGGCGCAAUUUUGGAGACCGUAUUUCUUUCCAAAGUCGCUCUUUGAGUUUGAUGUUCAAUAAAGUAACUGGUCGAUCAGACCCACUGAUGGUAACUACUCCGCCAUCAGCGUUACCACGAACACUAACCGGUUCUCCACGAUCAGCAAGUAUUGCUGGUCUGUCGACAGCAUGGCGUUCACCUGGCUAUAAUACAAUAAGUGAAGAACCGAUGGAUGAUCGAUAUCCUUUGAUCGAACCGAUGAGACCUAUCGAUGAAGCACCUCCGCCGUAUGAGGCAGCGUUGAAAAUGUGUGCACCAUUUUAUAAAAGAUUACGACGAUCAGCAAAUUCGUUGACAUCUCGCUUGAAUUCAUUAUCGCAAUCAACUAGCAAAGAACUUUCCUAUAAGAGACAAAUUGGUGUCGAAGAUCAAGGAUCAAGUAGAAAUAGUGGCUGUUGA